AUGGCUUUCUCCUGGCAGGCAGUGCUGGCCUGCAGGAAAUACCUCAUCAUCAUCCUGGUACCCCUGGUGUUUCUCCCUCUGCCCCUGGUUCUGCCCAACAAGGAGGCACUCUGUGGCUAUGUGAUCAUAGUGAUGGCAAUUUUCUGGUGCACAGAAGCUCUGCCUUUGGCUGUCACAGCUCUCCUGCCCGUCCUGCUGUUCCCACUAAUGAAUAUCAUGGAUUCAACCACAGUGUGUCAGGAGUACCUGAAGGACACCAACAUGCUCUUUUUGGGGGGCCUGGUGAUGGCCAUUGCCAUCGAGACCUGGAACCUGCACAAGCGAGUGGCUCUGAGGGUCCUGCUGAUCACGGGUGUCAGGCCAGCCCUGCUCCUGAUGGGUUUCAUGGUGGUGACAGCUUUCCUGUCCAUGUGGAUCAGCAACACAGCCACCACUGCCAUGAUGGUCCCCAUCGCCCAGGCCGUGAUGGAGCAGCUGCACAAGUCAGAAGCAGAGUCUAGCACCACUGGCCAGGUGUCUGAACACACCAACAAAGCCUUUGAGCUGCAGGAAAAGUCACCUGACAGCUCCAAAGAGCCUGAGGAAAAAGGUAAUUCUCAUGUCGUGGUAAUUGAGGAAGAGAAAAAGAGAAAAGAAGAGCUUGAGAAGAAGCACUUGAAGCUGUCCAAGGGAAUGUCCCUGUGCAUUUGUUACUCAUCCAGCAUUGGAGGGAUUGCCACUCUGACCGGGACAACCCCAAACCUGGUGCUGCAAGGACAAGUUAAUGACAUCUUCCCAAACAGUGGUGGCAUCAUCAACUUUGCCUCCUGGUUCUCCUUCGCCUUCCCCACCAUGCUGGUGCUGCUGAUUUUGGCCUGGAUUUGGCUGCAGAUCCUGUACCUGGGCUUCAAUUUUAAGAAGAAUUUUGGUUGUGGUGUCAGUCCUGCUGCCAAGGCUAAGGAGAAACAGGCCUAUGAAAUCAUCAAGGAAGAGAGCAAGAAACUGGGCAAAAUGAGCUUUGCAGAAAUAGAAGUUUUAAUCCUCUUUGUUCUCCUGGUGGUGUUGUGGUUUACAAGAGAACCUGGGUUCAUCCCAGGCUGGGCAACAGUUCUCUUCAACAAAGAUAACACAAGCUAUGUCACUGAUGCUACAGUCGCCCUCUUCAUCUCAAUAUUGCUCUUCAUCCUCCCUUCUGGCUUUUCCAACCAGGACGGAGAGCAAGAGCAAACAGGGGGCAGGGCAAAGUUCCGGGCCCCUCCACCCCUGCUGGACUGGAAGGUGGUGCAGGAGAAGAUGCCCUGGAACAUCGUGUUCCUGCUGGGAGGGGGCUUUGCCCUGGCCAAGGGCAGCGAGGAAUCUGGUCUGUCUGCAUGGCUGGGCACCAAGCUGACCCCUCUGCAGAGCAUCCCUCACCCAGCCAUUGUCUUCCUCCUGUGCCUCCUCAUCGCCACCUUCACCGAGUGCACCAGCAACGUGGCCACCACCACACUCUUCCUCCCCAUUCUGGCUUCUAUGGCUGAAGCAAUUUGCCUCAACCCUCUCUAUGUCAUGCUGCCCUGUACACUCUCUGCAUCUCUGGCCUUCAUGCUCCCCGUGGCAACUCCUCAUGCCAUUGUCUUCUCCUAUGGACAGCUCAGGGUUAUUGAUAUGGCCAAAGCUGGGUUUGUGCUCAACAUUCUGGGAGUCCUGACCAUCACCCUGGCCAUCAACACCUGGGCCUCAUCCCUGUUCCAGCUGCAGACCUUCCCCUCGUGGGCCAACAGGACAGGGACCUGUCUGUGA